GAUUUCAGUUCGAGUCAAGCAGUCUUCGGCGCAUCCAGCAAACGCGGUCCUUUUUUAAGCGCGUUUUCGUAUUAUUCUACUCAUAUGAUUUAUCAUUUGCGUCGCUGUAUGAUUUCUCCUUGUUUUUCGUAGUACACAAGCAAAAAACUACUACCAAAAAAAAAAAUCCACAAAAAAAUAAAUAAAUAAAAACAAACAACUCUCAAAAUCAUUAGGCUUAAAUCGGAAGAGGCCGCAAAAAAAAAAACAAACAGAAACUAACUUCCUGGGGAACUUAACUUAAAAAAGGACACUCUGCCGAGUCCUUCCUGUCAGUCAGUCAGUCAGUUACUAUUUCUGGACGAAUUCUGAACUCACAAAAAAGUCUGCUGGCAGCAAUCACCAUUAAAAGCCAAACCAUAAAAGAUCAUCAAAAAAUAUCGAUCAAAAUCGAUUAAUUUCAACUGCGUUUUAUUUGAAAUAUUUCCGAUUCUUGUGUUUUUCACUGAUCCAGACAAAAAAGAAUAAGAAAAGACCAAGAAAAGAGCAAUUCUCCCACAUAAAACGAAAAUAUAUUAAAAUAAAUAACAAAUAUCUAAAUAAAAUAAUUUCAUUUGUUUUUUUCGAUAAAUGUGUGCUAGCUAGAAAAGUAUAAAUAAUAUACACUACAAGAAAAAAACUAGUCAUUUAUAAUAAACUUUGUCGGUGUGAGUGUCUAGCCAAUCAAUCUAUAGGAUAUAGGAAAGCAUCUAUUAUACCACAAGGUUUUAUACUGAAUUUAUAGAAUUUUGGAGCGGAAAAGGCGCAGUGCGCACUAACAACUCAAAAUCGUAACAAAAUCAUCACCAAAAAACAAACAAAAAUAUUUAAAAAAUAAAAAAGAACAACACCAAUACGAAUAUUAAUUAAUUAAAAACAAAAUACAGCAAGAAGUGUGUGUUUUUUUUGUCGAUCAUAGUACAUAUUUACACUUAAAAACAAAAAACCCAAACAAAAACGAAGUUAAACAACAAAAGUAAUAUUAAUAUAAAGACUUGAAUUUCUUAAAGAAAUGAAUAUUUAUACAAGAAUGCGAAAAGAUUAACAAACAAAGCGAAAAAAAGAAAAAAAAAAAUACCAAACGGACUUCCAACGAUUUCAAGAUACGACGAAAUAUUUUAUAGAACAAAAAAUAAAAAAUAGAUAAACCAACAAACAAACCCUGAACCAGAACUAUGCAAAUCGGUUAACAAAUUAAUUGCCAAAUCUAUGAAUUAAAAUAAUUAAGGCAAAAUUAAUAGAGAUUUAAUAAAAAACAAAACCAACGUCGAGCUACAAGAAUUUAUACAGAAAACCUAAAAAAAAAUAUGAAAAUCAGAGGAAAAGGGGAAAAGCGAAAGGAAAAAACCAGAUCAGCUGAAAAGUGAUAUUUUAUAAAACGAGAAAAUAUCAGUUAAGGACAACGACUUAUAAGAUUGAGUGAAAUCGAGCGAGCAAUCGAACAGCCAUCAUUUAUCAGAGAAAUAAAAGAGGUACAGAUCACCGAAUUCGAAAACAAAAGGAGAUUUUUUAAAGCCUAACAGGAAGCGGAAGUAAAGCAGAAAGGCGAUAAAUAUUAACAGAAAGCGAAAGCCGAAAGAAGGAGAAGAGAAAACAAAAACCAAACACCACCAAAUAAAACCAACUACUAUUAAUUUAAAGGAAACAUUAACGAAUAAUCAUAUUCAAAAACAAAAAACCAAAAUACCGGUAUAUAUAUAUACAAGAGGAUAACACAACUAACUAUAUAUAUAUCUAUAUAUAUACAUAUACGAUAUAUGAAUGUAUAUUUGAAAACCAAAGCUAAGUUCCAGUAAAAUAAAUAAAACCGAAAAACCAGCGCAAAUUUAGUAAAAGUAUAAAAAUAGCAAGAAAAGAAAAGAGAAAACCGAAUUAUUGCUAUCUUUUUGCAUUUUUGCAAUUUUAUAAAAAAAGAAAACCAAAAACCUAACAAAGAAAUCGAAAAAAGAAGAACCCAAACUCCAAAAAACAUCAACAACUUGGCAAAAAUCAUAAAAAAGUUUAAAUAAGAGGACACAUUCCAGCAUUCGGAGAAAGCAAAAAUAAAACACAUUUAGCAAAAUUUACUCUUUUAUCUAAAGAAAAAAACACAAAAUCAAAUAAAUUAAUUCAAGCAUAAAUUCAAUUUUAAACAUUUUAGACCGAAACCGAGAGAGAGACGACACCAACGCUCUUAACUUAAAAAAACUUAACAAAACAAAAAGCAAAUACACUUUUUUCGCGAUCGUAGUUGAUCUAAAAACCCAAAUAAAGAAACCGAAAUUUCUGCGGCAAAGCAACUUCACACGGGACUUGUGCAAAGCGCAGUCGCAACCUAAAACCAAAAAAAAAAUAAAUUUAAAACAACACACACAGCACUAAAUUAUAAGCGAAAAAACCAACCGAGCAGUGAGAUUAAAUACUAAGCGAGCGAUACAAAAAAAAAAAAACACAAACAAAACAAAACCAUAAAAGUAAAUUACUAAAAAAAUAAAAGAAAAGGAUCUAGGAUCUAGAAUCAAAGCAGCAGGAUGACCAACGCCAUGGAUAUCGUGAAGAACGGCAGUGCCAAUGGCUCUGUGGACGGCAGCAAUGAUGAGUCGCGCACCAAUUUGAUUGUCAACUAUCUGCCGCAAACUAUGACGCAGGAGGAGAUGCGAUCGCUCUUCUCCAGCAUCGGUGAGCUGGAGAGUUGCAAACUGGUGCGUGAUAAAGUCUCAGGUAAUUUGGUCUUGCCAGCAUCGUUGACCGCUCUCAAUCCGGCACUGCAGCAAGGCCAAAGUCUGGGCUAUGGCUUUGUGAACUAUGUGCGGGCCGAGGAUGCUGAGAAGGCUGUGAACACCCUGAACGGUUUGCGUUUGCAGAAUAAGGUUAUUAAAGUAUCAUACGCCCGUCCAAGCUCAGAAUCUAUUAAGGGUGCUAAUUUAUAUGUAUCGGGUCUUCCGAAGAAUCUAUCACAACCAGACUUGGAGGGGAUGUUUGCAUCGUAUGGCAAAAUAAUUACAUCUCGUAUACUCUGUGAUAAUAUUUCCGGUCUAUCGAAGGGCGUGGGCUUUAUACGCUUUGAUCAGCGCAACGAAGCCGAAAGGGCCAUCCAGGAGUUAAAUGGCAAGACCCCGAAGGGUUAUGCCGAGCCGAUCACCGUUAAAUUUGCCAAUAAUCCGAGCAAUAGCGCCAAGGCCCAGAUUGCCCCGCCCCUAACCGCCUAUCUAACCCCCCAGGCGGCGGCUGCCACCCGCCGUUUGGCCGGAGCUCUACCCUCCGCCGGACGCAUAAGGUACUCACCACUGGCUGGCGAUUUGUUGGCCAAUUCUAUAUUGCCCGGAAAUGCAAUGACCGGAUCCGGAUGGUGUAUAUUCGUUUAUAACCUGGCACCCGAAACCGAGGAGAAUGUCCUGUGGCAGUUGUUUGGUCCCUUCGGUGCUGUGCAGUCGGUGAAGGUGAUCCGGGAUCUGCAGACGAGCAAGUGCAAGGGAUUCGGAUUUGUGACCAUGACCAACUACGAUGAGGCCGUGGUGGCCAUUCAGUCCUUGAACGGCUAUACCCUGGGCAACCGAGUGCUCCAGGUCAGCUUUAAGACUAACAAGACCAAGACCACUUAGGCGGCAACUCAAUCCGAUAUAUCCUUACCCAGGACAAGACCUCUCCAAUACUCGAUGAUCUGUAUGAUUUAACAGGAUUAUAAACUAUUUAAAAAAAUACAAAAAAAUGGAAACUAACUAAUAGACAUUCCUCUAUCCCCGGAUGAUUGAUUUGCAUGAAAAGAAAAGGCAUUCAUUAUAGUCAAAAUUGCACAUUAAUUAAAAAUGAUACAAAAUACCUAAACGUUGGGCAGGAAUAGUAAUUUGAUUUUUAUGCUAAAUUAUAAUUGUAAUGAAAUCUUAGUGAAAAUUGAUUUAUUUCAUCUACAUCUAAUAUAAUUUUAUUUAAAAACUAAAGAAACCAAGAAAAGCUUGAAUGAGGCAACCCACAAACACAACAACUUUAGAAAAAAGAACAAAAAACGGGAAAGAAUUCGAAAAGACAACGGUCUAUAAAUUGACAAAAAAAAAUGAAUAUUAAUUCAAGGUCAAAAAAAAAUGAGAAGAUGAGAAAAAAACCAAAAUAUAAUAAUAAUAAAAAAAUGAAAAUGAUCUAAGUCGCAAUAUAUAGUAACUAUUUUUUUGAUCACCUUACUUAUAUAUGAUUAUAUUCAAUUAACAAACCAAAGUAUUUAAUGUCUAUUGAUUUAAGCGAAUUAAAAACAAAAAACAAUAUUUAAUCUAUCUUUCUAUCUCAGCUUACCUAAGUACUAAUUAUUAUAAUGAAUAUGCAUAAAAUAUAUUGUAUUGUAUUUGAAUUAUUUGUGUUUGAUUCAAUUUACAUUUUACAUUUAAAUUAAAUUAAAUUAAAUUAAUUAAUUAUACCUAGUUCACUCGAUUAAAGCUCGUAUAUUUAAUUCGAUUCGAUUCGAUUCGCAUUGAUUUUCACUCAAAAGACGAAACGAAGAAAGAUAUAUAUUAAAUGGAAAAAAAUAAUAAUAAUACUUAAAGCCGCAAUAGAUCGGGGCUAUGAGUGCUAUAGUCCCAUUUAUUGAAACCUCCAAACGUAACAAGAACUACUGAACACUGAAAACAAAAAUACAUACACUUCGAACACAACCUACACAUCGUGCAUACAUACAUAUAUAUAUAUAUAUAUAUGUAAUCAUUAUUAUAUAUAUGUAACCAGAUUUAAUUAACUAUUUUUUUCGUCGUCUAAGGAGAACCAAAGUAUAUUCAAUAUUCGUAUUCGUAUUCGUCAAGUGCAAACCAAAGUAAACGAAACCAAGAAAACUUAUUAUAUUAUAUUACAUUAUAUAUUAUUAUGCCUACUUAUUAUUCCAUUUUUAUAAUUAUUAUAACUUAUUAAAAUGCAACCAAGCGAAACCAAACCAAAAAAUACAAAACAAAAUUCAAAAACCAAAAAAAAAACAUAAAUAAAUAAAUAAAAUACAACUACAACUAAAAAUAUAUAUUUAUUAUUAAAUAAAUGUGUGACUUAUUCCAAAAACUAUGCAAAAAAAUGAAAAAAUGAAGUAAAAACACGAAAAAACUAAAAAAAACACAAAAAAUUUGUUUUCUUUUUUUCCCUUAAAUUACAAUAAAAAAUCAAAAUCAAAACGAAUUACAAAAAAAAAACACAACAGCCCCCACAGGAAAAUAUUGGAUAUUGGAUAUCUUAGGUACCACAGUACCGCCACCACCACCCACUCUCAAGCAACCAACCAGCCACCCAACCACCCACUCUCUCACACACACACACAGAUCUAGUUACUACUACAACAACAAUAACAACAGCACUCGCAUUUAUACAAAAGAUAUUUGAGAAAUAUAUAAUGAACUAAGUUUGAGCGAUCUAUAAAGUAUAACUUAAGUUUUAACUAAGUUUUACGCAUAUAUAUAUGAAAUAUCUCUAAUCACACUCAGAAAAAAAGAAGCUAUAAGUAAUAAAGAUAAAUGUACGAACGCAUCGAACUACAUACUUAAAAAAACAAAAAAACAAAAAUGAGCCGCCUAGUUUUCAACAUUUUCACAUUUUCACAUUUCUUCAAUAUUAUAGUUUUUUGCAAUCCGAAAAAAAAAGAUAAUUUCGUAGAGUCUACUAACAAUCAAUGUGUGUGUCUGUAGUUUCAAGAAAAAAAAUCUAACAGUAUGUAGAAUAAAAAUUAAAAAUAAGAGCUAGAGAAGUAAAAAAUAAACAUCUUUUUUAAAAAGCGCAAAAUGUCUUUCGGUGUGUUUAGGGCCUCGGGGUCAAGGCCACAUCUACAUGGCAUUUGACCUUUUUGGCUAUAAAAAAUAAUACCAAAAACCACUGAAAACAAAAAGAAAAUACUUUAAAUUAGAGAAAAGUAAGGGAAACUAAACAAAAAACAAAAAAAUACUCAAGCUAUGAGGAAGUUGCGAACGCAAAUUGAAAACACCAAAUUUUUAAAUAUAUAAAGUAUAAAUGAUGUAAAAUUUUUUAAACAAAGAUUUAUAGUAAAAUUUAUUAAUAUAUAUAUAUAUACAUAUAUACAUAAAUAUAUAUAUAUGUAUACGGUAUAUACAUUUACAUGGAAUACUUGAAAUCUAAUGGAAAAUAUGAACAAAAUGUCAAAAAUGUGAAAUACAUUAAAAAAAUACCAAAAUAUACGAUCUGAAAUACCGAUAGCGAUAGACCCGAUAGGUGGUAAGCAGUGCGAUUGGCAGGCUUCGAUCGCUGAGAGAAAAUGCAACCCUGGGGCAUUCGAUUCGUGUAAUAUCCACUUCCCGGCGACUAGUUAACCUACUCAAUACUCAAAAUAAUGAAUAAUGGCAUAUGAAAUAUUAUCAAGUAAUCAAAACUAUAUCCAUUACCCGCAAAAUAACCGCCGCAUCGCUGCAAAAUGCGAACGCGUGUGUGUCAUUCACAAAAGCAAUAUAGAGAUGUGGCGCGAGUUGGCUGUUUUGGCCCAAUGCUGACUAAAAAAAAAAUAUAUACAUAGAAAAGAAACCAAAAUAAACUAUUUGUAUGGUAUAAUAUAUGUAUAUGUGGAUGGACAGAAAGAAAAUAUGAAAAUGGACAGUUGUACAAAUCGCAACUCAGCGACUCGGUCACAUUCAAAUUCAUACAGUUGGCACGCAUAAGUGCUUUCUAUACGACUUACAAUUUACCUAACACUACAAUAUUUAACUAACGAAAUAACGAAUUAGUCAUGUCACAUGUGUUUUCGUUCGCAAACUGAAUCAGAACAAAUCGAACUGGAUUCAAAUCACACCGCACACCGAUGAGUUAUUGGAGGUUCUUCGAUAUUCGAUAUUAAUUUUAGUGAAAAUAGCAAAAUGCAUAACUAAAAUAAUGAAAAAAAGAUAAGAAAAAACUGAACCCAGCAAUGAAAAUCAUCAACUAAGCAUGAAAUGCAUUUAAAAAUUAACAAACAAACAAAAUACAUAUUUAUAUAUCUAUAUAUAUAUAUAUAUAUAUGUCUACUUAUAUAGAGAAAAAGAUAGCCCAAAACAACUCACACACAUACAAAACAAAAAAUUAUGAACGAAGAAUUUGAAAGAAAACUAGAAACUUAAAAAAAUGAAAAACUUCAGCCCGAAAACUAAACAAUUUAGUGGCGAGAGCAGAGAUGCCUCCCGAAUCUACAUUAUAAAUGAUAUUGAAAAAGAUAAAGACAUCAACUUCCAACAUUUUUAUUGAUAUACACUAAAAUCUAGUCACGUAAGACGACAAUUUCAUCGAUACGAAUCUAAGCUAAUCGCGACAGGCGUCACGUCUUGGUUUUGGUGACGAAAGACGACGUUGUAUGCAAAUUAGCGAUUAUGGAAAACUUCAAUUUAGUUUGUAAGCGGUCAAAAAACGGAAAUCAAGCGACAGAUUAUGCAAGAAAAUACAAAAAAUGGAGAAAAAAAACGGCCAAAGCAAAAACAAAUCGCCGCCAAAGGCUAAAAGGCACGGUAAACACAUACAAAUUGCGCCCACUGUUGCCAAGAAGCAGUGCAAGCCGAAGCAGUUCGCGACUUGGACUUUUUACAAGCAGUUUUUUUGGCAACAAAAAACAAAAUCGCAAAAAAUCUUAAAUUAAAAACCAAGAAAUUAGUUAAAAAAAGACGAGAUGAGGAGAAAAUAUACGUAGCCGCUUUGUCAACGGAACGCGCCCAAACAAAA